AUGCCCCUUGAGAACGUUGGAAGGAGAGACGAGACUCACAUUGCUGAUUCAUGGAAGCCACAAAAGAAGGAGCUGGUAAUUAUGAUCAGUCUAAGCUUCAUAUCGCUGAUGGUGGCGCUGGAUGCCACAAUACUAGUGACAGUCCUGCCAGUUGGUCAUCCCGUUGUUCAGUGCCGUCGAGACAAGCUUGAUGGUACUUCGGCUGAAGCGUUCUGGACAGGGACAUCGUACCUUCUCACCUCUGCCAUCUUCCAGCCGGUCAUCGCAUCGAUAUCCGCUGUUUUCGGCCGGCAACAACUCCUCAUCGCCUCGCUCCUCUUCUUCACGGUCGGUACAAUACUAUGCUCGGUCGCAGACAACUUCACUGAGCUGCUCGGAGGGAGAUGCAUCCAGGGAAUUGGCGGUGGUGGGAUUAUAACGUUGACACAAGUCAUCUUUUGCGACAUCGUACCACUGAGACAACGCCCAAAAUACUUCGCGAUGGUUCUCGGAUGCUGGAGUAUUGGAUCCAUCAUCGGUCCAGUAGUUGGCGGUAAGCUCGUGGAAAGCGCAUCCUGGCGAUGGGCAUUUCACAUCAACUAUCCAUUCUGUGGUAUCGGCUUCGCCGUUGCGAUCUUGUUCGUGCGCCUUGACGCGGUGGCGAAACUCACGUUUCAAGAGAAGCUCAAACGAGUUGACUGGCUGGGCGCAGUGCUUUUCAUCGGCAGCAUGACGAGCUUGUUGAUUGGAAUCUCUUGGGGUGGCAUCCAACAUCCCUGGGACUCAGUUGCGACCCUUGCGCCUAUUAUCGCGGGAAUGACAGGAAUCGUUGCGUUCUUCCUGUGGGAAUGGUACAGAAAAGACCACACCCUAUUGCCGCUGGCAGUGUUCGGAAGCUGGAGCGCAAUCGCCGCUUUUUACAACGCGCUGAUCAACGGCCUGCUCCUCUUCACGACCUUGUACUACUGGCCAUUUUAUGAUAUGAGUAUUCGCGGGAGAUACCCUACCCAGGCCGGUAUUGACAUGUUACCGGUCGUCCUCCUCACGGUCCCCAGUUCCGUCAUUGUUUCGAUAUUGACCACGCGUCUUGGACGAUUCCGAUGGGCGAUUUGGGGUGGCUGGUUGGUUACAACAUUUGCGUGUGGGUUGCAGGUUCUGCUAGACGUAGAUUCCACGACUGUAGUCACGUCAGCGCUUCUUGCCGUUCUAGGUAUUGGCAUGGGUAUGGUACUGACAAGUCUCAAUGUCGGUAUUCAGGCUAUUUCCAAGCCAGAGGAUGCAGCAAUGGCUGCGAGCAUGUACGGCUUUCUCCGAAGUCUGGGUAUGCCAAUCGGUGUCGCCCUCUCAGGAUCGAUCUUCUCAAAUUCCAUGUCCGACAAGCUUUCCGAGCUAGGUCUGCCUACAUCCAUAGCUCAUGACUCUGAGCAAUACAUCUUCGUCUUGCGCACCAUGGCGGACUCCCCGAAGAAGAGUGCCAUUCUUUCUUCGUACAUGAGAGGCUUCGAUUCGGUCUUCGUCAUGGUCACGGGACUCUCAGCUAGUGCGCUUAUUGUCAGCUUUAUGAUCAGAAAGUUCAGCAUGGACAAGAUCCUUGUUGCGCAAUUCUCCGCAAAGUGA